AUGGAAAUUGUGGCUGAUGAGAAGAUGAGAAUGUACAAGAAAGCCCAGAUGGCUGUAGAGGCUUGUGACAGGGAACUCCAGGACAAGGCCAGGAAAGUUCAAGAGCUAAAGCUUGAGAGGCAAAAAAAGAAGCAACAAGUCGAGGAGCUGGAGAAAAUUGUGAGGCUAAAAAACGCAGAGGCUGAUAUGUUCCAACUCAAGGCCAAUGAGGCUAAACGACAGGCUGACAGGAUCCAGAGGAUUGCUCUUGCCAAGUCAGAUAAAUCGGAAGAAGAAUAUGCUAGUAGUUACUUGAAACAGCGUUUGAGUGAAGUAGAAGCUGAGAAGCAGUUUAUUUAUGAGAAGAUCAAACUCCAAGAAACUUCCCGGGCAUCCCAGAACAGUGGUGGUAGUAUUGAUCCUUCUCAGAUGCUGAUGUAUUCGAAAAUGCAUGAUCUGCUUUAUAGUGGUGCUCCCAAGUCAGACUGCUUGCCAAAUGAGCACCAUCCUUUCAAGAAAAAAAUCCUUGAGGAAGUGUUUUUUUUUUCUUUCUAG